ACAGAAUGGCUGCUAGGGAAUCCAUCCAUCCAUCCAUCCAUCCAUCCAUCCAUCUGCGUGCUUUCUUCCAUCCACUCAUUCCAUACACUCUUACUCUUUAAAACUUAAUUAUGCAUUUGUUCAUUCUCUGGGUACUUUCUGGGUAUUUACUGGCUUCAAGGCUCUGAUGAAUCAGCAGCAUUGAGUUCCGGUUGUUAGCUCACUUGAGCUCAAAAAGGAAAAAUUAGCACAGGUCAGCCCGACCUAAGAGAAGAACCAGCGUGGGGCUGGAGAUGGCUCCCCUGGCAGAACUCGCCUCACCUAGCACCAGGGCCCGGCUUGAGCCCCUGCCACCAGUUGGGAGCGCCAUGCAUACAGAAAGCCCAGGAGCCUUGCAGUGAGCUUGGCCUCUGUGUUCUCUGGCCACAUAUCCAGGAAAUCCACCUCAAAGAUGGAGGCCAGUGACAGCGCCAUGGCCGUGGGUAAGGGGUACCGGAACCCCACGGAGGUGCAGAUGAGCCAGCUUGUGCUGCCCUGCCACACCAACCAGCGCGGGGAGCUGAGCAUCGGGCAGCUGCUCAAGUGGAUCGACACCACGGCCUGCCUGUCGGCGGAAAGACAUGCCGGAUGCCCCUGUGUCACUGCCUCCAUGGACGACAUCUAUUUUGAGCACACUAUCAGUGUCGGCCAAGUGGUGAAUAUCAAGGCCAAGGUGAACCGGGCCUUCAACUCCAGUAUGGAGGUGGGCAUCCAGGUGACCUCUGAGGACAUGUGCUCUGAGAAGCAGUGGACUGUGUGCAAGGCCUUGGCCACCUUUGUGGCUUACCGGGAGAUCUCCAAGGUGAAGCUUAAGCAGAUCACGCCCCGCACGGAGGAGGAGAAGACGGAGCACAGCGUGGCGGCCGAGCGCCGGCGCAUGCGGCUGGCUCAUGCAGAAACCAUCAGUGGCCUCUUGGCUAACUGCGCCAUUCAGGAUGAUCUGGAGAGCAGGGACUGCAGUCGCAUGGUGCCGGCUGAGAACACUCAUGUGGAGAGUGUGGAGCUAGUCCUGCCCCCCCACGCCAACCACCAAGGCAACACCUUCGGGGGCCAGAUCAUGGCCUGGAUGGAGAACGUGGCCACCAUUGCAGCCAGCCGACUGUGUCAUGCCCACCCCACGCUGAAGAUCAUUGAGAUGUUCCAUUUCCGAGGCCCGUCUCAGGUUGGGGACCGACUAGUGCUCAAUGCCAUCGUCAACAAUGCCUUCAAACACAGCAUGGAGGUGGGCGUGUGUGUGGAGGCCUACCGCCAGGAGGCAGAGACCCAGCGGCGUCACAUCAACAGCGCCUUCAUGACCUUCCAAGUCCUGGACACAGACAACCAGCCUCAGCUGCUGCCCUGGAUAAGGCCCCAUCCUGGAGAUGGUGAGCGGCGAUACCGAGAGGCCAGUGCCAGGAGGAAGAUCCGCCUGGACAGGAAGUACAUCGUGUCCUGUAAGCAGGCAGAGAUGCCCCUCUCUGUCCCCUGGGACCCCAGCAAUCAGGUGUAUCUGAGCUACAAUAACGUCUCCUCCCUGACGAUGCUCAUGGCCAAGGACAACUGGGUGAUGUCUUCAGAGAGCAACCAGGUCUGCCUGUAUACUCUAGAGGACGACAAGUUCCUCUCCUUCCGCAUGGAGAUGCUGGUGCACGUGGACACUGUACAGGCCUUUCUGCUGCUCUCGGACCUGCAGCGAAGGGCUGAGUGGGACAAGCACUUCCGGAGCGUGGAGCUAGUGCAGCAGGUGGAUGAAGAUGAUGCUAUCUACCAUGUCAUCAGCCCCUCCCUUGGUGGGGACGGGGACACCAAGCCCCAGGAUUUUGUGAUUCUGGCCUCGAGGCGGAAGCCAUGUGACAAUGGGGACCCCUAUGUCAUUGCCAUGCGGUCAGUCACACUGCCCACGCACCGUGAGACGCCCAAGUACAGGCGUGGAGAGACCAUCUGCUCUGGCUUCUGCCUCUGGCAUGAAGGGGACCUGCUGACCAAGGUGUCUUAUUACAAUCAGGCCACCCCAGGCCUUCUCAGCUAUGUGACCACCAACGUGGCCGGCCUCUCCUCGGAGUUCUACACCACCUUCAAAGCCUGUGAGCAGUUCCUCUUGGACAACCGCAGCGAACUGGCUCCCAGCCUCCAGACCCUCUAGCAACCGUACGAGGUCUUCCCUCUCCAGCCACACUUCACCCAGCCCCCAAGGACAUACAAACAGGUGCAGACAGAGGCGUUUAUUCCCCACCAGACCCCUGGGAGAAGGGACAGAGGUGGUCAGUCUCUGCUGGCUGCUGCCUGCA